AUGAAUGAGCUCUCCCCGGGGGUGUCGAGAAAACUGUUUUGGAAUUCGGACAAAUUAUUUUAUGAUAACAUACGGAAUUUAGAUGAGAGACUAAACGUGAAUAACAAUUUUAACGAGAACAAAUAUGAGGAGCUGUAUCGUGAGAAGUAUGCAAGGAAUAAAAGGAGGUUUAAGACCGAGCCACCUAAAAAUAUCAGUGAGCAAGGAAGUUCCCAAUUUUACCCGUCUUUUUUUAACAGCAUAUUUAAGAGUUUAUCGAGGAAUGUGAUUUACAGUGGGGAGGAUAAACAAAGUGAGGAAGAUGAGGAGGAAAAAAAAAAGACUUCUUCGAGACAUUCAAACAAAUCGAAGAAUGUUAAACUUCCCCAUUUGGCCAAAGGGGACAGUCGAUGUGGUAGCGGAAUGAGUAGAAACAGCGUUACGUAUCGGAAGGGCGAUUUGGAUGAAAAUACGGACGGGGGUAGAUCUGGUGGGCGCAGAAGGUACACAUAUGGGAGCAAGAGGAGCGCCACUAGCUCGGAGGAAUCACAAACGGAUGGAGAAUCUGGAGAGAUGAGCAGUGAUGAAUAUCGAACCGGUGAAUAUAGAACCGGUGAAUACCGCAGUGGGGGGGUGCCCAGGGAAGGUACCAAGAGUAUGGAACAGAACCGAAGUGAGGGGAAAACCGCCAAGAGGGCAAAACUUGUAAACAGUGACGUCAUUUCGGAUGUCUUCCUGAAGAAGAACGUGAAGAGUCUAGUGGUUCACGACACGGGAGGAAUAGACAUCGAACUGAUCGAAAAUGAGAACCCAGAGUUUCUGUACCAUACCUACACGGGGAACAGAAUAUCAAACAUGUAUUAUGCGUAUGACGAUUCUAUAAGGAGCAAAGAAUAUUGUGAUGAUAAGAAGAUAAAUAGGUUUAAUUCGUCCUUCUCUAGAAAAGAAAAUGCAACUGUGCGGGAGUCUACAUCGGGAGAAGGUUGUCCCGUGGGGGAAUUCAUCCCAGGGGAGGUUAACCCAAGGGGGUCAUCAGUAAAGGGAUCUUCUACAUACAGUGGAAGAAGAGAAAACAAGCAAAGUACAACACAUUUUAAAUCAGAGUUUUCCACUGACAGUAACAAUAGUAAGCGCUGCGAUGAGCAGAGCUAUACUAAGAAAUGUGAGGUGGAAGAAAAGGUCUCCAGUUGGUCCAACGAGGCAUAUAAUUAUGAUAGCUGCAACACAUAUGAAGGGAACAGAAAUAAGGGAACUUCCAACUGGUCUGGGGAACGAAACAAAAUGUUCGAUUCUUAUUCGUCUGUGUCCAGCGUAUCUGUAAAUACAUCAGAGAAGGAAAAGGGAAGGAAGUACCACUACAUUGGGGAAACGAUAAACAACGUCCGAAAUGGAUGGGGUAUGCUAAUAUAUAACGAUCGAGUCAUAUUUGAAGGGGAAUAUAAAAUGAACAAUGCGAUUGGGUACUUUAUUAAGUACAAUGAAUAUUCGACGGAGAUUGGGUUCAGGAGUCCUCUGAGUAUUAAAUCUGUUGUCAUCAUGAGCGACAGCGAUAAUUUCAUUGUACAGAACAGAUGUGAGAAUCUAGAAUCUGUAAAAAGUGACGAAUUGGGAGCUAGCCAAAAUGGCGCCCCAAAAUUGGAAAAUAACGACAGCAUGGAGGUAGAUAUUAAGGGGAAGAAUGAUGGAUUAACAUGUGAAGAAAAUGUUGGAACAGUGUGUGAAAAUAAAAGCUACAUGGAGAAGGCAGAACUGAACCUGUACUGUCCGCAAAAAUUUCCAACGAUAAGUAACUACACAGGCUUAUCCGAUUUUAGGAGGACACCCGGUGUCUUUACCACGCCUAACAGUACUAAAUUGCACAAAGAAAAUGUUCUCAUGAAUAAUCUGCUGAACAGUAUAAAGGAGAGUGAGUGUUCUCCCCAAAAAAAGGAACAAGGAGGGAAGGCCAAAAAUUUAGCCGUCGUUUCUAGCUACAUUAGAAGAAACAGUAAACAUAAGACAACCCCUGCGAGGUCCAUCAAUUAUCUGAAGCCACCCAUGAUGCAUCUGAUAAAAAAUAAUAUUAUUCUAAAUAGGAACUCCUUCCUGAAGAAUGAUAAACCAGCCUCCUCCAGGAAGAGGAGGGAACAGAAAACGACCAUGCAUUGCUCCAGCCCAAUGAGCAUCAUCGUGACGUCGUUCGAUACGGAUGAGGAAUCGGGCUCCUCCGGAAAUGACCCACAUGGGGAAAGUAACCAAAAUGAGGAGAAUGAAAAUGAGGGAACUCCCUCAGUGGAAAACGCUACUACGAGGAGCUGCACUCAGUCAGUCACUGUGUUCUCGGAGCGCGGUGCGGAAGUAGUGCACCAGAAAGAGUUUGACGUUGGCGACAUGAAGAACAAUGGAUUGACAAUUUUGCAGCUAGAGAACAACAAUGAUGUGAAGGGAAUUCAUUCGGUGAAGGAAGAUGAUGAGGGGACUCAUUUUGCGAACGAUGAGGAGAAGGGGGAGGCUGCUAUUGAAGGAAGCGUCGAUGCUUACAGGGAGGAUACGAAUAAGUACACGGAUGGGAAGACUAACAAAGAUGUGGAGAGAGCUGAUGUGCCUAUGACGGGGGAGGAGGCUGAGCGGAGCGCGCACUUCACGAACGAUUCGUCAGACGAGGGGGAGGCAGAGGCAGAGUCGAAUGGGCAGAACAAGCUGAACAUUGUUAUAACCGACGAGUACAGAAAUUUGUUAUGCGAUAAUAUCAACAAUGACAAUUUUGUGAUAAAAAAUAACGAAAUUAGGACGUUCGAGGAGUUCAUAGAGAAGCAGGAGUAUGAAGGUGGGGGGGGAAAGGAUCAAUGGAGGGAGGCCAUGCGGGAUCCAGGCGAAGGUGACGUGUCAAGUGUGAGAACAACCUUCGAGGGAGACCCCCCCAAGUGUAACACAGAGGAGAAGGAAGAAAACGUGAAAAAGGAACAGGAUGAGAAGAAGGAGCAGGAUGUGAAAAAGGAACACGAUGAGAAGAAGGAGGAGGUGCAUUUUGGCCACCCCGAUAAGGCAUACAUAAGAAGGCGCCUCCGAGGAGCGACCUUCCCAGAAACGCAUGACGAUAGACAGAAGAAUUGUUUCCUCUUCAUAGACGAUUACUUAACUUCAAACGAUGACAAAUUCAAUUUAAUAAAUCAGGACGUGAAAUUGAGGGCAUCAGAUUAUAAUAAAUGGUCCGUGAAUAUGCUAUAUAAUUUUUUAAAAAUGAUAGGAUUAAAGAAGGAAGCCUAUUUGUUUAAGAUUCACAAGAUAAGGGGGUACCACAUUCUUAAACUGACAGACAAGGAAUUGAAAAGACUGAACAUAAAUAAUUCUUAUGUUAGAAAAUUCGUCUUGUCUGUUUUUCGAUUUUUAGUAAAUUCUAUGGAUAGUGCGGAUCCUCUAUCUUUAAAUUUUAACACGAAUAGAAAAUUCUCAUUUAAUGAAAUACAGACGAUUUGCAAUAGUGAUAUUAUGAUACUGAACAAAGUUGGGGGGGGGAGUUAUGCGCAGGUUUUUAGGGCAAGAUAUAGAGGAAAGUACGUGGCGUGUAAAUUGUUUUUGUACAACCCGAAGGAUAUGAGUGAAGAGAGCUAUUGCGAGAGUUAUAUUUCCACGCCUCGGUCGAGUCACAAAUAUAUUUUCCCGAAAAUAACCCCCAGUUUAAGCACAUUCGGUGAACAACACUUUAGUGACAAACCACUACUACCUUCAACGGAGGGGGGAAUGGACACGGGGGAGGCAGCAAAUCAUCCUGGUGGUAACCACAUGGGGGUUAUGCAGUCUACCCAACGGGUGCGGUGUGAUAGUGGAGGAGGAUCAACCGAAGGGGAAGACCUACACAGGGAAGACUCCCCAAAGGAGCACUCCCCGAAGGAACAUUCCCCCUAUGGAUUGGCCACGCAGAAGAAAGGCAAUGAAGGAGACGCCCCCAAUGCUAAUAGCACCUCCUACACACUACAGAGAAAUAAGAAAAUAAAAAAAAUGGCCAACUUGGAAAUUUUCAGAUAUUUCCCCACCCCAGUGAAGUACCGCAAUUACGAAGCGAAGAUUCUCUACUCUCUACAGGAGUGCAGUUAUGUGAUAAAAUUACUAGGAGUGUGUAGUCUAAGAGAGGGGGAAGAGUCCCUCAUUUUACAGUACUGUUCUGGGGGAAGCCUGGAAAAGUACAUAUACAUGGAUGAGAAGAAAAAGAACAGUGCAUACACGCGUUAUCUGUCAAGACCCCAAAUUGUAAAAAUAUUUCAACAAGUGGCAGAAGGAAUGCACAACGUGCACUCAAAACAUUUUUUCCACAGGGACCUAAAACUUUCAAAUAUUUUGCUGGACGGUAAUCAGGAUGCCGUCAUUUCCGACUUUGGAUUGUCGACUCAUUUUUCUUUAAAUGAUAGCCCUACUGCAUAUGCCAUGUAUGGAAACAUAUUUUAUGCAGCCCCGGAGGUUUUAAAAGGGGAAGGUUUUUUUAAAGAAUCCGAUGUGUGGUCUUUUGGGGUUAGUUUAUGGGAAGCCUUAACAAGAAAGAUUGCAUACGAUGGAAUGUCUGCUUCAGAAAGUUUUUGCAAAAUUUCUUCUGGGGAGUUGGUCCUUCCCAUUCCCAGGGACCUUCCCUUGGAGUUGUCCGAAUUGCUGAAGAGCAUGUUGGAGUACGACUUUACCAAGCGGCCGCUCUUCGACGUGAUAGCGAGGCGGCUGGAACGCAUUCGGCUGGAGGCCGAGCAGAAGCUGCACGUGGACAUCCACUCCUUCUUCGAUGGGUAG